AUGUCGUCUAUUGAUUUUAAAUACCCCCUUCCCGACGGCCACAACGCCGGAAACUGCUUCAUGACGCUAUUUAAACCUGAUAAAACGCCUGUCGCAAUGGCCGAUUUAUUUUCAAGCGGUACAACGAUUAUAAGGGUGCAGUUUGUGGAAAUAACUUUUUAUGUGGAUAAAGAUUGUCGUGCGACAAAGACGGACGGGCAGUUUCUCGAUGGCCUUUAUUUACAAGUAGGAAGGAAGGAGGAAUAUAAAUGUUACGACCAGACAGUUGGGCCAGUACCAGGGAGGCCAGGUGGGGUCACACCCCUCCUGACGACACCCGCCCAGGAAAAUCACCGACCGGCAGAACAAGGAUUACGCCUUUCGUAG